AUGGCAGAGUUCCUCAGCAAGCAGAAAGUACUUGGCUUCGCCUUGCUGAACAUGCCUCUGCUCCACCUCGCUAAGAAUCUGCACACAUCCACAAGGAAGCAGAAGCCCUGGGAACGUUGGUAUGAUGAAGCAUUGAAGGCCCGCAGUAAGAAAACUGUUUCGACUUCGGACAUAUACACAUACCUGCCGCAAUCUGAGCUCUUCAACGGCAACGCUCUCAGAGAGGCCAAGUUGGCUAUCGUUGCUGGCGCUGAUACAAACGCUAUCACGAUGUCGAACAUUUGCUAUCUACUGUGCCGCCAUCCUGGGUACCAGGCGAAGCUCCACUAUGAGUUGUCAGCCUUACAUUCUCUUUUCCCCGGCAACGAUGAUCUGACGAACAAACCUUGCUUGGCUGGCAUCAUCAAUGAAGCAUUGAGAUUGCAUCCGCCCGUGCCCUCCGGUCUUCAGCGUGUAACACCCGCAGAGGGCGCAGUCAUCGCCGGCCGACACAUACCGGGCCAUAUGAAUGUCACAACGCCGACGUACGCACUACAUCGAGAUGCACGCGCGUUCGUUCGACCAAACGAGUUCAUUCCCGAACGCUGGUACUCCCGUCCCGACCUCAUCCUUCGCAGAGACGCAUUCGUUCCAUUUGGCUACGGCGUGUACAACUGUGCGGGCAAGCCAUUGGCCAUGUUACAGUUGCGCAUGGUCCUUGCCAUGAUCUCUCGACGGUUUAUCAUGUCAUUUGCUCCUGGCCAGGAAGCUCUAUGCCAGUACUUCAUCGAUCAUCAAGCCGACUGCUUCACGCUCCACCUUGAGCCCCUUCCUUUGCUGUUCGAACGAAGAGGCGAUUGGAACGAAGAGGCGUGUGAGUAA